AUGCAUACGAUGCCGUCACCGACCUUUGCCAUUUCCCGACAAGCUCCUCCGGUAAGACCUUCACGGUCUCUUGAGGGUAUGGAACGAGUCAUACCCCCGGAGUCUCCAGUUCGCCCUGCCCUCAAGCUGGAUAAACCCCUUCCAGAGCUCCCGCAAAAACCUCUACCGGCGACUCCGUCGAUGGAGGCUUCGACGGCAUGGAGCGAUGACAGCAGUCUCUCCGACAGCUUCGACAGUCGACGCCAGUCCACCGUCUCGACCGAGAGCUAUCCAGUCGUUGUUCGCUCUCCCUCGGACGAUCUGGCCGAGCUAGUCGAUCAUCCGCCCAUCCCGUCUUUAGGUCGCUCUUCACCUAUCGAGCCCUACGAGAAACCGCGCCCUUCACCCGUUGCCUUCUCGUCUCAGUAUCUGCCUUGGACGCCCAACCGACCGCGUCCCAAUCACUAUUUUCGGGAGAAGAAGUGGGAUUUCUUCCCGGAGCUCGCCAUUCCGUCAGAGCUGCCGCCAACUUUGCCCAGGUUCCCGCCCAGUUGUAAACCCCUCAAGAAGGAUGCCCGUGGACUCAACCUGGUGCCAUUUGACUUUGCGAAGAAAAGUAGUCCCGCCGAUCGGGGCGGGCUCACGCUGGCCCAUGACAUGCGGAACUCGAUCCGAUCCUAUGUCCAACGACGAAUCUCCAAGCACUCCGUCGACAAGGAGAAAUCCCGACGGAAACGACGGCCUGUCACCGCUCCGGAGUGCACGCGCAAGGAUCAUCCGACCCCUCGAGCACCGUCGAGCAACUACUCCGAUCGUGACAGCAUUGCGUCGCGGAAAACUGAGCCGCAAGAAAGCGAGAGACCGAAACGGUUGUCGGGGUCGACUCGCUCCAGCGCCUGUGAACAGGCGAAGAAGCCCUUAGCCUUGGAACCGAUCGCCUUUCAGCGGCGGAGGCAGCUGGCCGUGCCCAUCUCGCCCUAUCAGAAGUAUGGAGCGACUAUUUGGGACAAAUCCGGUCGCGAGAAGCGAAUCAGCUACCGACAGACCCAAAAUGUGAGGUUCCCACGGUAUCAGAAGAGGUCCUCCACACCGAAGCCGGGAUUGGUCAUGACGGAUAAUACGCCCCCCUUAUCACCACGGCAGCGCUCCCCGCUGCCGCAGAACACGAGGGACUGUAUGAGAGCGCUGCAGGAUAGGACGAGCCUGGUUCUGGUGGCCUUGGAGGAAGCCAAACAGAGGGUGGUCCAGGCGCGCAUCGAUCGGAAGCGGAUGCAGCUGAAGUCACAAAUCCGAGUAGUUGGACCAGUCAGUCCACAUAAUGCUAACGCUCGGGUAGAUCCCUGGAUAUGA